AUGUCGACCACCACGACGACUCGAUCAAGCUCAACAUCAACUGCAUGCAGUCUUCCUUCGGUGUACACGUGGACAUCGAGCGGUCCACUGGCGGACCCCGAAUCGGGACUCGUCGCGCUGAAGGAUUUCAGCCACGUUCCGUACAACGGCCAGCAUCUCGUGUACGCGUCGGACGUCAACACUGCAGGGAGCUACGGCUCCUUAACCUUCGGCCUGUUCUCGGACUGGACCUCUGGCAUGGCCUCGGCGAGCCAGAAGGUGAUGAACACGGGCGCUGUUGCGCCCUGUCUUUUCUACUUCACCCCGAAGAACAUCUGGGUGCUUGCUUAUGAAUGGGGUGCGAGCCCGUUCUCGUACAUGACAUCCAGCGAUCCCACGAAUCCCAAUGGAUGGUCCUCGCCGCAGCCGCUUUUCACUGGCUCUCUCUCCACCACCGGCAGCGGCCCUAUCGACCCGGCGCUGAUCGCCGAUGACACGACCAUGUACCUAUUCUUUGCCGGGGACGAUGGCAAGAUCUACCGGUCCAGUAUGCCCAUCGGCAAUUUUCCCAGCAGCUUUGGCACAUCAUACACAGUGGUUCUGAGCGACUCGACCUACAACCUGUUUGAAGCCGUCCAGGUCUACCGGGUCCAGGGACAGCAGCAAUACCUCAUGAUCGUCGAGUCCAUCGGCGCAAACGGGAGGUACUUCCGCUCCUUCACGGCCACGAGUCUCGGGGGCUCGUGGACACCGCAGGCUACGAGCGAGUCCGCGCCCUUCGCCGGCAAGGCCAACAGCGGCGCCACCUGGACCAACGACAUCAGCAGCGGCGAUCUCAUUCGGAGCAGCCCCGACCAGACAAUGCCCAUUGAUCCGUGCAACCUGCAGUUCCUCUACCAGGGGCGAGCGACUGGCUCCAGCGGCUCCUACAAUCUGCUGCCAUACCGUCCGGGCCUGCUCACACUGAAGCGCUAG